GGCAUCACAUUUCAAUUCGAAACAGUUAGAAUCAGAAAAAAGAGAAGAAAAAAGAAGUGCGAAAAUGUCUGGUCGUGGAAAAGGAGGGAAAGGUUUGGGAAAGGGAGGAGCUAAGAGACACAGGAAAGUUCUCCGUGAUAACAUUCAGGGAAUUACCAAACCUGCUAUUCGUCGAUUGGCUCGCAGAGGUGGUGUGAAGAGAAUCAGUGGUCUCAUCUACGAGGAAACUCGUGGAGUCCUCAAGAUCUUCCUUGAGAAUGUUAUUCGUGAUGCUGUUACCUACACUGAGCAUGCUAGGAGGAAGACUGUUACUGCCAUGGAUGUUGUUUAUGCACUCAAGAGGCAGGGCAGAACUCUCUACGGUUUUGGUGGUUAAUUUUUUUCUCCUAAAUUAGGGUUUUCAUGAGAAUCAAUGUAAAUUGUGUUUCUUAUGGAUUGUUGAUUAUGUGAUAUGCUCUUAGGUGUAACUUAUGUUUGAUUUGUUUCAUUAAAACAGAACUGUUGUUCCAGUAAGAUUGAUGAAUGAAAUUGCAGUUGAUUAUGAUCUCUA